GGAGCGGCCUGCCGGAGAGCUCGGGCGCAGCAGGCUGGGGUGCAGCUGGGCAGCGGAGCAGCGGGGCAGCAGGGGCCAAACGGCAGGCAAUGGGGACCCUGCAUCCGAGGCAGCACCGGCCCCACCCCCAGCACCUGACAUGAGCCCCUGCGGGCCCCUCAACCUGAGCCUGGCGGGCGAGGCGACCACGUGCACGGCACCCGGGGCCCCCAACGCGUCCGCCGGACCACCGUUGGGCCUGGCGGGCGCAUCGCCCGCGCUGCCCAUCUUCUCCAUGACGCUGGGCGCUGUGUCCAACGUGCUGGCACUGGGGCUUCUGGCGCAGGCCGCGGGCCGCCUGCGGCGCCGUCGCUCAGCAGCCACUUUCCUGCUGUUCGUCGCCAGCCUGCUGGCCACUGACCUGGCGGGCCACGUGAUCCCCGGGGCGCUGGUGCUGCGCCUGUACGCGGCGGGGCGCGCGCCUGCCGGCGGCGCCUGCCACUUCCUGGGCGGCUGCAUGGUCUUCUUCGGCCUGUGCCCGCUGCUGCUGGGCUGCGGCAUGGCCGUGGAGCGCUGGGUGGGCGUCACGCGGCCGCUGUUGCACGCAGCCCGCGUCUCGGUGGCCCGUGCGCGGCUGGCUCUGGCAGCGCUGGCCGCCGUGGCCUUGGCCGUGGCUCUGCUGCCGCUGGCGCGCGUAGGCCGCUAUGAGCUGCAGUACCCCGGCACGUGGUGCUUCAUCGGGCUGGGCCCGGCGGGAGGCUGGCGCCAGGCGCUCCUCGCCGGCCUCUUCGCGGGCCUUGGCUUGGCUUCGUUGCUCGCCGCGCUCCUGUGCAACACGCUCAGCGGCCUGGCCCUGCUGCGCGCCCGUUGGCGGCGCCGCCGCUCUCGACGGCAGUUCCCAGCCGGAGGAGGCCCCGACAGCCGCCGUCACUGGGGAGGGCGCGGACCCCGCUCGGCCUCCGCUUCGUCCGCCUCGUCCGUUGCUUCGGCCUCCGCCGCCCCGGGCGGCUCUCCGGGCCGUGGCUCCUCGCGCAGAGCCCGCGCACACGACGUGGAGAUGGUGGGCCAGCUCGUAGGCAUCAUGGUGGUGUCGUGUAUCUGCUGGAGUCCCUUGCUGGUGGUGGUGGUGCUGGCUGUCGCAGGCUGGGGUUCCAGCUCCCUGCAGCGGCCGCUGUUUUUGGCCGUGCGCCUCGCCUCGUGGAACCAGAUUCUGGACCCCUGGGUGUACAUCUUGCUGCGCCAAGCAGUGCUUCGCCAACUGCUUCGCCUGCUGCCUUCAAGGGCAGGCGCCAAGGGCAGCCAUGGAGGGCUGGGCCUAACCAGGAGCACUUGGGAGGCCAGCUCGCUGCGCAGUUCUCGGCACAGUGGCCUCAGUUCCUUUUAGGCACAUCCGGCUUCUAAGCCAGACCACCCGGGACCGGCCUCAGGUCCGCAGCGCAGAGACUUCGGGGAAUGAAAUGUUUUUCCGGACAAGCCCAGGGCGGUGGGUCCUGUCCGGGCUGCAGCACCCUGGUAGCCUCACGGAGGCGGCAGAGGCGCUGCGUACGCCUCCAGGGUGUGCAGUUCUUGAACUUGCCACGCGGGGGCAUAGAGACGCAGAGCGGGAGUCUCGGGAGCAUGCGCAAAAAGCCAUGGUCGCAGUCCUGGGGAGCUCCGCUGGGAGCAGAGCAAGAGGGUCUGGGGACGCUAGUCGCCCCUGCCGCCAUCAGGAGUGACUCGCACAACCAUUCGCUCAUCGUGGCCCUGAGCUCCCCCAACACAACCCCAAGUCCCUACCCACAAGCCACGCCCCACCACGGGCCUCUACACAACUCUGAACCCUCUCCCAUUGCAGCCCACCUAGGCUCCCCACCAGUUACAGGCCUGAGUCUCCACCAUCCCUUGGCCCCUCUUCAUAUGACCCCCGACCAGGGCAUCUCCCCAUCACUCCUACACCCCAGUCACCCACUGCUUCCCUUCCCAACUCUUCCCACCUCCAAGCACUCCGCCCCGCCCCCAUCAUCACUGUGCGCAAAAAGAAAACAGGAUGCAUGGAUGGGGCAAACCC